AUGGACCCGAGCUAUAAAGCUCGGAAGGAGGCCUUUGUGUCGAACCUAUCGGGAAGCAAUAUCGCGGACAUCAACGCGGUCUCUUUUGUCGCGUCGGCAUCGGUUCUGCUGUGGUCUGCGCUUCAGUCCCGGCUCGGUUUCUUUACUCCUUACGGCCCAGCCGCCUUGUUGACUGAUUUCAUUCUCAAUGUACUUGCAAUUCUAUUUGCAACGACCGCCUAUUCUUCAGCACCGGUCCUCCUCAACAUUUUCCUGAUCACCCCGGCCGUUCUCCUCUACCUCACACAGCCAAGCUCACGAACCUCGCAAAAAGCCAAGCCGCCCCGCAAGGUAUCUGCCCGCAAUGAUCAGGUCCAAGACCAGGUCGAAACCCUGCCUAUUCACCCUUUCUUGACGACAUAUCGCUCAGCUAUGAUGGUUGUCACCUGUGUGGCUAUUCUUGCAGUCGAUUUCCGAGCGUUCCCGCGCCGGUUCGCCAAAGUGGAGAAUUGGGGGACUUCGUUGAUGGAUCUCGGCGUGGGCUCGUUCGUCUUCUCGGCGGGCGUAGUGUCUGCGCGGGCAGUCCUAAAAAGUCGCCUUUCUAAAUCGUCAAAGGUAUCCCUAGGAGGAAGACUCCUUGGCUCUCUACGCCAUUCAAUUCCCCUCCUAGUGCUGGGUCUGAUCCGGCUCUGGAGCGUCAAGGGCUUGGAUUACGCCGAGCAUGUGACCGAAUACGGCGUACACUGGAACUUCUUCUUUACCUUGGGCUUGUUGCCGCCCUUUGUGGAGAUUUUUGAUACCCUAACUGCAUUGAUUCCUUCUUAUGAAGCUCUGGCUCUGCUUAUUUCGGUCGCCUAUCAGGUGGCCCUCGAGUCAACCGAUCUCAAAACCUAUAUUCUGGUGUCGCCGCGUGGGCCCGACUUGUUUUCCAAGAAUCGUGAAGGUAUAUUCUCGUUCCUGGGGUAUUUGGCCAUCUUUCUGGCCGGUCGAGGAGUUGGCACCCGUGUCAUCCCCCGCGGGACAUCACCCACCAAGUCUCCCCAGCAGGCACGCAAAUCUGUGCUGGUUAGUUUGGUGUUGCAAGUGUUGUUCUGGUCAACUCUAUUUUAUUUCAACUCCACUUAUGCGAUGGGGUACGGUGCCAACAUCUUAGUUUCUCGUCGGCUGGCCAAUAUGCCUUAUGUCCUGUGGGUUUCGGCCUUCAACAGUGCACAGAUUUUUCUAUUUUGCCUGAUUGAAACUCUUUUCUUCCCCAAUGUUCACCGGGCGACUGGCAAGGAUGGCGAAAAUGAGGGUGCAGCUUUCGCGACCAGUCGCAUUCUUCAUGCCUUUAAUCAUGGCGGUCUGGGCAUCUUCUUGGUAGCCAACCUCUUGACUGGGGCGGUGAACUUGAGCGUGCCAACCUUGGACAUGAACACACCGCAAGCCAUGGCUAUUCUGGUAGUAUAUGCUGCCAUAUUGACUGGUCUAGCCCUGGUAAUGGUAAAAACUAAUUUCAAGUUGCGCCUGUAA